AUGUCGUCCAGCGACGACUCCAUCGUCCCUCUCUGGAUCGAUAACAAACCCGUAUACACCACAAAGACAUUCGCCGUCACCAGCACCGCCGCCGAAACACCCGUGCACGACGCCUCGUCCGCAUCCCCAGAAGAUGCCGUCCUUGCCGCGGCCUCUGCGCAAACAGCCUUCAAAUCCUGGCGCACUACUCCCCACACGACGCGGCGCGACCUCAUCCAGCGCGUGGCCAGCCACUACGAGGCCCAGACCAACACCCUGGUUGCGCUCCAAGUGCGCGAGACAUCAUGCACCGAAGCGUGGGCGCGGCAGAAUGUCACUCUCGCAGUAUCGUACCUGCGGGAAAUUGCAGCGCAAGUCAGCAGCAUCGCAGGCAUUGUGCCGCCGACGGAAAAGGCCAACACCACGGGCUUUGUGUUCAAAGAGCCCGUCGGACCGGUGCUGUGUAUAGCGCCGUGGAACGCAGCGCUGAUCCUGGCGACGCGGGGCAUUGCGAGCGCCAUUGCCGUGGGCUGCGCCGUCGUCUUCAAGGCCUCGGAGCUGUGUCCUAAGACGCAUUUUGCUAUCACCCGCGCCUUUGUGCACUGCGGAGUUCCGCCCGGCGUGCUCAAUCAGAUCCAGUGCGAGCGCGCGGACGCGGCGCCCGUCACUGAGGCGCUGAUUGCUCACGAUGCCAUUCGCAAGGUCGAAUUCAUUGGGUCGGCCGCCGUGGGCCGCAACAUCAUGCAGACGGCUGCUAAGUACCUGAAGCCUGUGGUGCUGGAGCUGGGGGGAAAGUGUCCGGCAAUUGUGCUUGACGACGCGGAUUUGCAGACGGCCGCCAUGCAGUGUGCGCUGGGUGCUGUGCUGAAUCACGGGCAGGUAUGCUUUAGUACCGAGCGAGUUAUUGUGCUUGAGUCUGUGGCGAGGGAGUUCCAAGAGAAGCUUGUGGACGCCAUGAAGGAAGUGCAGAAAGCCGCUGGCGGUGCGGUAUCUGCGUCCAUCGCACAGCACGCAAGAGACGUCCUCGACGAUGCGCAGGCGCACGGCGAGACUGUGGUUUAUGCUGCUCAAGAGUCAGACACAGAUGGUACUGUAUCGACGACGGCGCUCCCCCCCGCUCUCGUCGUCAACCCUUCGUCCAACAGCAGGAUCUUCGACGAAGAAACUUUCGGCCCCUCGGCUUCAUUGUACGUUGUCCAGACCGACGAAGAGGCCGUGGCACUAGCAAACCGCUCUGCCUACGGACUCAAUGCCACCGUCUGGACGCGCGACAUGGCGCGUUUUCUGAAAAUGAGCCGCGAUCUCGAGUAUGGACAGGUGCAUGCAAAUAGCAUUAAUGUGUACACGAGUCCGACGGGCAGCCAGGGCGGGAUGAAGAACAGUGGGUUUGGCAGGAUGAACGGGAAGUGGGGGUUAGAAGAGUUUCUGGUGGAGAAGUUUGUUACGUGGUGCGGUUGAAAGAACCGAUGAAGCAAAAG